GUGAUUAAUUUCAAGGUAAAUGUCGGCCGACACUCGAUCAAUUUCCAAGACCACUACAAAAAGGAGAUCCAACAAUGGAAUAAGCGUCAGUUAGCACAAAGCUACCAACUUGGGGAAUCAUCCACUGAUCAGCGGACAACCUCUCCCCAGCUGGCAGACCCUUCCCUGCCACACACCGCUCCCGAGGGAUCGGAGACUACUAGGGAAGACACAACCUCUCCCCAGCUGGCAGACCCUUCCCUGCCACACACUGCUCCCGAGGGAUCGGAGACUACUAUGGAAGACACAACCUCUCCCCAGCUGGCAGAACCUCCCCCGCUAGAAACUAGCUUUGAGACUCAAACUAACACUGCUGCCGAAGAGGUGGAGUACGAAAAUGUACCAAGAAGGUCGAAGCGGGUACCGAUACCGAUUAAUAGAUUUGUUCAUUCCAAAAGUCACACGAAAGCUAUGUUCCCAAAAAAGACAAAAAAAAGGAAAGGUAUGCUUUUUCCCUAUUUAUUUUUCCAUUUUUUUUUCUUUGGCAGACAAAUAAACAUUUCCACUUGGAAGUAUGGCGCACACACACAGUUUUCCACUUGUUUUUUCCCUAUAUAUUUUUUUUCAAUUUUUUUCUUCUAAAGAACCACGCGGUGUUACAAAUUUUUCAGUACAUAGAGAAGAGCCACAGAAGGGCAAGCGCAAGAAUCCAGAGAAGGGCAAGGGCAAGAAGUUUUGAUUGUUUUUUAUAUCUUUCACAGAGCAAUGAUGUUAGCUCUAUUUGUUCAUCACACUUUUUCUACCGACUAGGAUUUCAUUUACUUGUUCAACAGAUUAGAGUAAGAGAAUUUGGUCAUGCAAAUUUUUUUUAUUAUUAAUAUUUGGACGUGAAUUUAUGUAGCACUAUUUGCUACAAUAUUUGCUAGCCCGAAUAGCCCUAUGUUUUCCCUUGCAUUAGACAAUUUCUUGAAGACAAUUUAUUUAAUCUUGUACUAUGUUUACAUAUUUGUCUCAAUGAGGCAAUAUCUUUGCUGGAACCUUUAACAUCAGUUGUUGUUGAUUUUGUUUGGAACAAUGUGUUUGAAAUGACAAUAAUUGGAACUGUUGAGCAUCAUAAUAGGCCAACAUCAUUCGUGACGAUAAUCAAUUCUUUUGAGGUAUAUGAAAAUUUAAUAUAAUAUGUAUUUUUAUUUAUUUAUAUAAUGCAAAUAAUUAAUUUGAUAACUAAAAUUUCUGUCCAAUUUAGCGAAACAUUCAAAUCCCAAUUGAAUUUUAUAAUCAAUGGGAAAGAGAAUUGCAUCGCCUUGAUUAUGGAAGGAUCGUAUGGAACGAACGAUCAGUACGUGUGUAUUUUGAAUUCAGUGAUACUGAAAAAGUUAUGUAUGAAAAUGAGGUUUCAUACAUAUUUGGAUUUGAAAGACCAACAAAAGUGUGUCUGGAAUAUCAAAUUAAGAAUAAUAAAUUUUCAUUGAGUUUGAUUGAAUCGUCUGAUGAUCAGGAUCAUGCAUCAACCGUACUAUUGGAUGGAAUUCAAGAACAUGAACCUGCUCAAGAGCUUGAAUAUGUUGGUGAUGAUGAAAAUGCUGAAAACCCUCAACAAGUUGAUCAACAACCAAUCCUUCCUGAAGUUGCUGCACAUUCUUAUGAAAAUAUCAUUGAACCUGCAAUUCCUGAAUGAAGAAAUCAAUGAUGAAAGUUUGUAUAAAUGGGAACUGAUUGUCAGCAAGGCAUACGCAAGCAGGACUAAAUCUCAAGUUCUGCAUUUUCCACCUAAAACUGCUGAGUUUGUAUUGAUGGACAAUGAAUAUCUAUUCAUAGAUACUCCACAUAAAUUGAGUGGCAUUAGGUGCACCAUUAAGACAUAUGAAAGAAAGGACAGGAGAAAGAAAAAUAUUGUUGAGAAAUAUUUGACUAAAAGAUGGUAUAACUGGGUUUUGGCUAAUAAGCUAAAUGAAGGCGACAAGUUGAUUUUCGAACUUGAGAGGGGAUCGAAUAUUCUGCACGUUGACAUUGUUCGUUUCAACAAUUACAAAGAAUUUAUGACAUGAUUUCUGUAAUUUGAAGAUGUUUUUUAAGUGCUAUGGAUUUUAUUUCAUGUUCUAUGUAAUUUGGAGUUGUAUGUGUGAACAUUAACAAUUAAUUUUAGUAAGUUGUAUGAGCU